CCUUGAGGUUGUUACUUGGCACCACCCGCCUGCCCAGGCUUCCGACUCCGAGCCUCACUCCCCAGCGUCCGUAGCCGUUCUGCCUCCAGAUCCCGCAGUUUGCUGCAGUCUGCAAGCCGCGAGCUAGAAGGUCGCGGCGUGGUCACGAUGGAGUGCUCCACGGCGCUCUGAUGCGGAACCAUCCCACCGGCCGAGGAGCGUGCGGACGGGGAGCCCGCGUACGACCUCGCCUGGUACCAGGACGGCGACAGCAUCCUCGAGGCGCUCGCAAUCACCAUCCAGCGUCACCACCCCGUGUGAUCGGUCCGCAUGACGUGGCUCAUCCAGCAGCGCGCCUCUGUACUCCCGAAGCGGCUAGAGCUGCCCGAGGAGGCGUGUCCUUCUCCUCCGCGGAGCUACGCGCCGCGUGGGAGGAGGGCGGCCGUGGUGGCUAAGACAAGAUGCUGCCCUUGGUCACCAUCUCCUGCUGCUGGGACACGCGCAGGCACCCGGGGCCUACGGGCUUGCAGCUGAAUUCGGUCGCCGACACAUUGGAGGCGAAUUUGGAUACCGACGCCGGAAGCGAAAAUAAGGGCAUUCAGGGUGACGGACGUGUUUUGGAUAUGUUGUCGUUGUAUCAGGGGGAUUUGGCCAAGGCCGAGGCGGCGAAGAACACUGCGAUGGCCGAGGGCAAGAGCAAGGAGAAAGUAGAGGAGGCCAGGCUUCGAUCUCGCGCUCCACAAGGCCGUGGGCUUGUGGUGUGCGCGCACAAAGGCACUUCUGUCUUCCUACUAACUCCGCACCUCCGCGAUGGGUGCAGUUUGCGGGGGAAGGGCUACGAGGACUCUGACUGGACCACGCACGAGCGAUGCUCGGCCGAGCAGAUCAAGGGGGUCGACCGGUACGAGGCGGGCUGGGCGGCCAUAGCAGACUUCGGCGGCGAGCGGCGAAGCGUCGCUGGGAGGCGGUGGCCCGUGGGCCCAGACGGCUUCGACACGACGGCAGCGUCUUGCUCUCUACGACCGGCGCCGACGCCGAAGCCGUCGAGACGCUCUUCCGCGACAUCAGCAGCGCCCCCACCUGGGCGGCGUAGACUUGACGUAGACAAGCCGGACUGCAAGGGGGUGCCCUCGCUGAUCGGAGAGGACGAGGGCGGCCUCACCGAGUGCUUGCGCCGCCUUGCGCCAAACAGCGCACGCUGAGCCCGACGCAUGUGGGCCUCUCCCGCGCCGCCGCCUUCGGGCACCCGGCCACGGCCUUUCUGCUCCGGCGCGCUGGGCCGGCUGCGGAAGCUCUCCCUCGGCGACGCCCGCCUCGGGCGGGGGCGCGCCGCGCCGCUGGCCACGGCGCUGCCCGCGCUGCCGCAGCCGGGGACGCUCGCGCUCUCCAUCG